CGGAGAUCGCCGCGAGCCGCGUGGCCGUGCUGCUGCUGGCCGGCGGGCAGGGCACCCGCCUCGGCGUCCCCUACCCCAAGGGCAUGUGCGACGUGGGGCUGCCCUCCCGCAAGACCCUCUUCCACCUGCAGGCCCAGCGCCUGCGGCGGCUGCAGCAGAUGGCGGAGGAGCAGCACGGCACUGCCUGCCACAUCCCCUGGUACAUCAUGACAAGUGGCCGCACCAUGGAGUCCACCAAGGAGUUCUUCCAGAAACAUCGGUACUUUGGCUUGAAGAAGGAGAAUGUCAUCUUCUUCCAGCAGGGCAUGCUGCCUGCCUUGGGAUUCGAUGGGAAAAUCCUGCUGGAGGAGAAGGGCAAGAUUGCUAUGGCACCAGAUGGCAACGGGGGCCUGUACAGGGCCCUGGGCUCCCACGGCAUCAUGGAUGACAUGGAGAGGAGAGGGGUGCAGAGUGUCCAUGUCUACUGCGUGGACAACAUCCUGGUGAAGGUGGCUGACCCCAGGUUCAUCGGGUUCUGCUUGGAGAAGGGAGCAGACUGUGGGGCCAAGGUGGUGGAGAAGACCAACCCCACGGAGCCGGUGGGCGUGGUGUGCCGGGUGGAUGGCGUCUACCAGGUGGUGGAGUACAGCGAGAUCUCCCUGGCCACCGCCCAGAGGCGGGGCCCGGAGGGGCGGCUGCUCUUCAACGCGGGCAACAUCGCCAAUCACUACUUCAGCACUGCCUUCCUCAAAGACGUGGUCAACACUUAUGAGCCACAACUGCAGCACCAUGUGGCUGAGAAGAAGAUCCCACACGUGGACAUCACUACAGGGCAGCUCAUCCAGCCCGAGAAGCCCAACGGGAUUAAGAUGGAGAAGUUUGUCUUUGACAUCUUCCAGUUUUCCAAGAAGUUCGUGGUGUACGAGGUGCUGCGUGAGGAUGAGUUCUCUCCCCUGAAGAAUGCAGACAGCCAGAAUGGCAAGGACAACCCCACCACAGCCCGCCAUGCCCUCAUGUCCCUGCACCACUGCUGGGUUCUCAAUGCAGGGGGGCACUUCGUGGAUGAGAAUGGCACACGCAUCCCUGCCAUCCCUCGCCUCACAAACGGAAGGUCAGCUGCCAGCCCAGCAGAUGUCAAUGACAACUUGAAGGAUGCAAACGACCUGCCAAUCCAGUGUGAGAUUUCUCCCCUCGUGUCCUACGGAGGAGAAGGUCUGGAGCAGUAUGUGAAGGACCGGGAGUUCCGCACGCCGCUGAUCAUCGACGAGGACGGGAUCCAUGAGCUGGUGCAGAACGGGCUGUAGGGGCAGCCUGGUGCCAGGCAGGGCUGCCCAUCCCUCCAGGAACUCAGGCACACAGAGGUUGAUGGUUGGGCCUAGCAGGGGCUGCUCCUGCUCAUUCCAGCAGGAUUUGACCCACUCGAUUCCUGGCACGCUGUAUGCUUCUAUUUAUAUUUUAAUUUAAAAACCAAACACUUCGGAUUCCCCUGCCACAAGGCACAGCUAUGGUGCUGCUCUUUGCACUUCAGGCUGUGGGCAUUUAUUUUUAAACAUGUAUAUAGUAAUAGUCAUUGUACAUGCACAGAGAGGAUUUUUAUGGUACGGGGCUGGGUUUAAUCUUGAAUUUUUAUUUUUCUUAAAUCUACACGACUAUUUUUUUUUUUUAAUAGGGUCCUUGCCAUUGCCCAUGUCCUCCCUUUUGGUCAUCCUUUGUAUAUUGCACAACUGGAAGCACCCAAUUAAACUGAGUCCCUCCUGUUUGUCA